AGACCCUUGACGCUGGGCUCACUAACGCGCCUGUCAAAUAGCAACUGCUUUAAAACAGAAACUCCUCCCCACACAGCGCGUUCCGUCGCCUUCCCAGCGCAAUGGUCUCGUGGAUUAUCUCCAGACUUGUGGUGCUGAUCUUUGGCACACUAUACCCUGCAUACUCAUCAUACAAAGCAGUCAAGUCAAAAGAUGUGAAAGAAUAUGUGAAAUGGAUGAUGUACUGGAUAAUAUUUGCUCUAUUCACUACUUUGGAGGCGAUCACAGAUAUCUUUAUUUGUUGGAUCCCUUUCUAUUACGAGUUGAAGAUUGCUUUUGUGGUUUGGCUGCUAUCCCCCUACACCAAGGGGUCAAGCGUCCUGUACAGGAAGUUUGUUCAUCCUACACUUUCCUCUAAAGAGAAGGACAUUGAUGACUAUCUUUGCCAAGCCAAGGACAAAAGUUAUGACACCCUGGUGCAUUUUGGGAGGAAAGGACUCAACGUCGCAGCCACAGCUGCAGUCAUGGCUGCCACAAAGGGUCAAGGGGUGCUGUCCGACAGACUUCGUAGCUUCAGCAUGCAGGACUUGUCCUCCUACCAGUUGGACCCCGACAGCCCUGCAUCUGUCACCACACAGUCUACAACAGGACAGCACAGGCCCAGACCCAUGAUGCGCAGCAAGUCAGAGAGUGCAGGCGGCACUAAGGGGCAGGACUUUGACAUGUCUGAAUAUGAGGUGUUAAGUUUGGACCAGUGUGACGCCAAGGAGCCCCUGUCACUGCUUCGAAUGCCCUCUGAAUCCCUGACUGAACGCACAUCCCCUACGCCCUCUCUGACCCCCACACCCUCUCUGACCCCCACGCCCUCUCUGACCCCCACCCCCCCCCCCGCCCCACCCUCUCCACCUAACCCACCCUCGGCAGCACCAGGCCUGACUGAGACGGGGAGGUGGAAGGGGAGAGGCCCAAGCUCCCCACAGCUCAUGCUGGUUAAGAGGAAGGCACCUGAGCCUCCCCCUAGAGUCCUGAGACCACUCACAAGAUCCAGGAGUGCUCUUUCCUCAAACAGUGAAGCCAUGUAAAAUACACCAAGACUGCUUUGUCUGCCUUAGCUGCGAGGUAAAGAGGAAGAUGAAAACAGAAAAUAUGGCCAAAAGCUAAAAGUAUAAAGCAGCCUUGUAUUAGCAUAAGGUUUAACCAAAGCAACGUUCUACUUUUUUCUUGUGCUGUAUGGCUUGUGGUACAUUGUGUUAACAAAGCAGUGUCCCAGGGCAACACGAGUAGCAUGGGUCAUACUGGAUAGACAUUUGGAAUUGAUUUGACUUUUUCUUUGUCGAUUACUGAAUAUUUUUUUGUAUGUAUGUACAGUUUUAUUUGUCAUUUUGAUUAGUUGUUUUUAUAUAAUGUUUGGGGAAACAGGCGCAUGUGUGUUUCUCUGGCUCUAAGUCUGCUGGUGUGUCAUACAGUAAACAACAGAAUGUACUGUCACCGAGUUAUCCUCAAGGACCCUGUUUGAGAUGUCACAUGAGGAAUGACACUGGAGCAGACAUGGAGUGGCCGGCGAGGGGACUUUAACAGAGCAUGCGUCUGUGCUUUUUGCACUAACUCUCUGAGUUUAGGGAGAGCUUUCAACUAGCCAAUCAGAUCUGCACUGUCAGUUCAGCCACACAAGGUUUCAUGGGAAGGCUCAGUCAGGUCUUUGUAGCUCCUACAAGGUGGCGUUUAUCUGAAGAGGAAAGGCAAUGCUUCCCCUGUGCUAAUUAGUAAUUAGCACUAAACAAAAAAUAUAUAUAUAUUGAAAAACAUGCAAUGUUUUACUUCUCCUUACCUCUGCAUAUAAAGCCUUAACACUUGAUCAGAUCAUGAUUGGCAGGUGAUGUCACUGCUCUACUUCUGAAUUUUCUUAAAAAAAAAAAAGAAAAGUCCAGUAGUGAGGACUAAAACAUUUCCUUUGGCAUCACUAACCGCAGCAUAUUACUCAGUGGAAUCUGUGACAAUCUAUUGUCCAGUCUAGAUUUAACAGCUGUAUAAGAGUAGCAUUGAGAACAGUGACAGACUCAUUUCUGUAGAGUUUCUUUCAGGUUUAUUAUUGCUGAUUAGAAACUCUGUAAACUGUGGUAUUUCUCAGAGUCUGAUGACACUGUAAUACUUGGCUGUUCACUGAGCAAUUCAAAAGUAAAUGUUCUGAUGCUUGUUGGUGUCCUGCAUAGUCCAAUACUUUGCAGUUUAUAGUGGACAGGUUUUAAUUGUCUUGUAAUAGAUUGAUUUAUUAUUGGGAAUGUGUUUUGCCAAUAAUUAUGGGCUUGACUUGUCGUAAUCAAAGAUUUCUUCGCUGUAGUUAAGGCACUGCACUGUCUUGUCACUGAGCCUAAAUUCUCUAGUUGUCACUGUGUCUGAUAUUGAAGGUUGGGAUUUGGGCAGCAAUUCUUUUCGUUAACUGUAUCAAGACAGUGUCUCAAAGGCAAAAUGAACACUACUCAGGUACAAUUAUUCUGUUUACACAUCAACUUCACUUUAUCUUAUAGCAAACUAUAGGCAUACACUUGUGUUGCACAUGAAUAUCCUUCUAUUGGCAAAAUGAACAUUGUGGGUAAAAUAUGAUCAUAAUGCAUUAGUGUAGUAUCAGUGGUUAAGAUGUUGGAAUGUGAAAUCCUUUUCAAUGAGUGAAAAUAAGAAAUGAUCCAUACUACAGUAUGUUGCAAUGUAGCUGAUUAGUUUAUCUUUUUGUACACAUUUACAGAAGUCAUCAGUGCAUGAUGUUUGAUAUUAGUUGGUAUGACAAUGGUUUAUUAUGUGCAUUGAGUGAAUUUGUGCAGGUCCAUUCUAUGCCUCAUCUAAUGCCUUGCUGAUAGACAUUGAUUUUAAAGUGUUUUAAAAUGUUUCUUAAUUUCAUCAUAUUGUGUGAUUUGAGGCCAGUCAAAACACUUGUGACAAAAUGUGAACAUGCUUAAGAAGCUGUUUGUUAAUCUGUAACACGACACAGCUGCAUGAUCCCCUGAACUAAAUAUUGAUCUCUGAGAUGGCCUUUGAAUGACUAAAUAGUAUCUUGUUCUGGCAGGCCAGAAUCAGAUCAUACUGUAAACUAACACCAAAAUGUGAGUUAGAGAAUACAAAUGUACAGGAAUCAUGGAUUAAAAAAACAAAACAAUUUAUGGUUAGUUCUAUUAUCGUCACAUUCAGUCAAGUAUGUUGAGCUGACAACAGACAUUAAAAAUGAAACCAUGCGAA